AUGGAGAAAUUCCGUCUAACUUACACGGUGGCAGACUUUUUGUUCAACAGACAUCUGUAUCACAAAGCUAUUGAUGUGUUCAAGGAAGCCCAAGUUUUGAUGCGACGAAGAAAAGUCGAAAAUUGUAGCCACCUAGAAAUUGCCCUUCAUUACAAACUAGCAGUUUCAUACAGUAGUAUAAAUGAGUUCAAGGAAGCAUUGGAAAGCUAUCAGCAACUUUUAAAAGUCAGCAAAGAAGUUCGGGAUAAAGACUGGGAAGUAAAAGCAUAUAGAGGCAUCAUUGAUUUGCACUGUUCAAUGGGUCAACACGCUCCGUCGAUUUUCUUUUUAAGAAAACAACUUCAAAUUGCAAAAGAGAAUGGGGAAAAACAGAUGGAAAUAGAAGCCUACACAGCAAUGGGUUAUUCUUAUUAUAAUCUGGGUAAGCCGAAUAAAUUAAUCGAGUGUCUCAAUGACGCGCUGAAAAUUUGCAGAGAGAUCAAAGACAAACAAAUGGAAGGAGAAAUACUUCGUAAGCUUGGUUCCGCACACAUGAGCCUUGCUCGUUACCCGGAAGCAAUCAGAUGCCUAGAAGAGUCCCUGGAAAUAUCCAAUAGAUUCGGCAAAUACAAAGCGGAGGGAGAGUCAUACCAAUGUCUCGCAAUGAUCUAUCAAGACAUGGGCGAUUAUGACAAGGCUCUGGAAUGCAAUUUCAAGUCACUCGAACUGAUGGCAGAACACGGUAAUGAGAAGAAUGUAGGUGUUUGUUACAAUAACAUCGGUACUACCUAUUGUACCAUCUCCAGGAACUAUGAAGCACUGGAUUAUUUAAGAAAGUCACUUGAAAUUAUGAAGAGCUGUGGAAUAAAAACAACAUUGGGAAAAGCUCAUCACAGCCUUGGCCUUUGUUAUACCUCGUUAGGUCGUCACGCAGAAGCCCUGGAACACCAGUUGCAAGCGGUAAAAAUCCUCGAAGAAACUGGAGGCAUGUUCGAAAUAGGUCGAGCCUCAAGUUUGUUGGGGAACUUAUACAAAGCAGUCGGCCAAAGAGAGGAAGCGGUUAAUAGUUUUGAGAAAGCCAUCAAAUGUAGUCAGACUACCGGGGACAGGAAAAUAGAAGCAAACGCCUACCGCGGUCUCGGGGAUGAAUAUGUUUGUCUAGCAAACUAUUGCGAGGGGGAAAAGUGUUUUCAAAGAGCCCUUAAAAUCGCGAAGGAAAUUGGGGAUAAAAACAUGGAGGCAAGUAGCUACUCAGGCCUUGGUUUUUGCUACACGUGUUGCGGUCGAUUGAAAGAAUCUUUAGACAACUUUAACCUAGCAAUUCCCAUCAUGCAACAAAUGAGAACUGAAAAUGAAUUAGCGACAACGUUAAUUAAUGCUGCAUCUGCUUACCAAGCUCUUAGAAAGCCGAAGAAAGCAAAGGAGCUUCGACAGAAAGCCCUCAAGAUAACAAGAAAAAUUGGAGAUAAAGAAGGAGAACGAGAGGCUCUCCACUUCUUAGGGAUCUCUUACAGGAACAAUGGAGAGGUAAAGAAGGCGCAUGAUUGCUUUUCUGAGAGCAUUACUUGUGCUGAAAAGAACCGCGAACUGCUUCAGGACGAACUUAAACUUUCUCUGGAUAACCAAACUUUUCUCAGCUAUGAGUGUUUAUGUUCUCUUCGCAUAAGUCAAGGAAAUUUUUCUGAGGCGCUGUGUACUGCAGAGCGGGGACGUGCACGAGCUCUUGGAGACUUGCUGUCCGAGAAAUAUGGUAUCCAAAGGAAGAACUCACAAGAAUUUUAUCUUAAUAAUAUCAGGGAUCUUUCAAUGAAAAACCAAAGUACGAUUCUCUUCCUUGCCAAGCCUGUUGGUGAAAGGAAAUUAUAUUCUUGGGUAUUGGAGGAUGCAGAAAUUCAAUUUAGGUCUUGGGAAUUCCAAAUGGCAGAGAUCCCCAUCGACUUACUCACGAGUUUUCAAAGAGGACAAUCUGUGUCCGAAUGCGAAGAUCGCUCAUUGUCAGCAUACUAUGGAUUAAAACUAUCGCCAGAGAAAGUAAAAUCCAAACGCAGGCAGCGUCUCUUUGAAGAAGAUGAAGAAAAAGGGGAAAAAAAGGAGGAUUCCAUUGUCAAGCAGUGGUAUAAGAAUAUUUUCGCCCCUGUUGCGGAUCUUAUUCAACGUCGGCAAAUCAUCAUUAUCCCGGAAGGCGAAUUAUUUAUGGUGCCAUUUUGCGCAUUAUGUGAUAACAACGACAAAUUCCUUUCAGAGACCUUCCAAAUCCGCCUGAGUCCUUCACUUACAGCACUAAGGAUCAUCCAAGACAGUCCUAAAGACUAUCACAGUGUAACUGGGGCGUUGAUUGUGGGUAAUCCCACUGUUCCUCCACAAACAAUGUUACCACCUUUGCCAGGAGCUAGAAGAGAGGCAAUGGAAAUUGCAGAGUUGUUGGGUGUGUCAGCUACGGUAGGAGAUGAAGCCACCAAAACGCAGGUCCUCCAACGAAUCCAGGAGGUAAAUUUGAUCCACAUUGCGGCCCACGGUGAUGCAGAAAGAGGAGAGAUUGCUCUUGCCUCGAAAUGUCCCUCCAGACGAAAAUUAAGAAAGGACGACUUUAUGCUGACCAUGGAAGACGUCGCUAAAUGGUAA